AUGACGACGGAAAAUCUUAUGUUGACAUUAUUGAUUCCAGGCCCGAAGCAACCAGGAAAUGAUAUAGAUGUAUACUUGGAACCCCUAGUGGAGGAUUUGAAGGAGUUAUGGGGCAUUGGUGUGGAGACGUAUGAUGCAUUUAGCAAGUUAGUGUUCAAUAUGAAGGCUAUUUUGAUGUGGACAAUCAAUGAUUUUCCAGCUUAUGAAAACUUAGCUGGAUGUGCCACAAAAGGGGAAUUUGGUUGCCCAAUAUGUGGUGAAGGGCACAGGAGAUUUCUUGCUCCUAAUCAUCCAUUCCGUCAGAAAAAGAAGUGGUUUGAUGGGAAUAAAGAGACAAAAGGAAAACCUAGUCCUCUGAAUGGAUUAGAAAUUCUUAAUGUAGUGAAAGACAUUGAAAUUGACUGGGGUAAAAAGAAAAUGGGUAAGGAUAUCAAUAAUACAAAGAAAAAGAGGAAGGAGUGUGAUGGUUCAAAAAAAGUUCAAAAACUAGUUCAAAUGUGGAAGAAGAAGUCAAUAUUUUUCAAUUUGCCAUACUGGAGUGUUGAAGAAAAAAUAAAGUUACCUGAUGGUUAUAGCUCAAAUUUUGGUAACUGUGUUUCUUUAGAAAAACUAGCAUUGAGAAGUCUUUUACCAAAAGGUCCACGUAAUGCUAUAUUUUUGCUUUAUGCAUUUUACAAUGAGUUAUGUCAAAGAGUAUUAGAUAGGAACCGUUUAGAACAACUCGAGGAGAAUAUUGCUGAAACUUUAUGCAUGUUGGAGAGGUAUGUUCCACCUGCUUUCUUUACCAUCUCUGUUCAUUUGACAAUUCAUUUAGCAAGAGAGGCUCGCCUGUGUGGGUCAGUUCAAUUCCGCUUGAUGUAUCCAUUUGAAAGAUUUAUGAAAAUGCUUAUAGGCUAUGUGAAGAACCGAGCAAGGCCAGAGGGUUGCAUAGCUGAGUAUUACCUUGCAGAAGAACGAAUGCGGUUUUGUAGUGCUUAUAUAAAAAAAGCUGCUUGUAUUGGUCUCCGAUCUAAUCGGAAUGAGGAUUUGGAAAAUGGAGUAGUGGAAGAAAUUGAUCCUUACAUAAAGAUGCACAUUGAGGAGCUUAAACAAAUAGAUCGUCGUUUCUCAAGUAAUGAAACAUUGUUACAAAAACGACAUAUGGAAACAUUUGCUCAAUGGUUAUCAAAACAUGUUCUUGAUAACUCUUCAGAUCGGAUUCAAUGGCUAGCACAUGGUCCAAGAAAGCAUGUUAUAUCAUAUACAGGUAAUAUUAUAAAUGGACAUCGGUUCCACACAAUUGAUGUUGGAAGAUCGACACAAGAUAGUGGUGUUUCAGUUGAAGAUGAUACUAUUUGGCAAUCUAGUUCUACUGAUUCACAUACAGUAGAAAGACUAUCGUACUAUGGGGUUAUACGAGAUAUUGUGUUACUAGACUAUUAUUUUUUCAAAGUACCUGUUUUUAGGUGUGAUUGGGCUAAUCCUGGAACUGGUAUCAAAAUGGAUGAUGGUUUUACACUUGUUAACUUACACCAAGGACUAAGGACUUUUGAAAAUGAUCCUUUCAUUUUAGCAUCAAAAGCAAAGCAAGUUUUCUAUUCUAGGGAAAAUGAUGAAUCAAAUUGGUAUGUGUUGCUAAAAGCGUCACCUCGAGAUAUUCAUAACAUGGAUUUGCUUGAAGAGGAUGCAUAUACAUCAUCAAAACCUCUUGAUGUGUCCAGACUUGAUAUUAACAUUACUGAGAAAGAACCAUAUUCAAGAAAUGAGUGUGAGGGAAUUGAUGUUAUUGAUAUCCCAUGA